UCCUUGUAUUUUUUGGAAAAAAAUGAGUGAAUUGGCGGUUUAAAAUGCUUGAUUAUUUGGGCAUAAUGUUACAGGGAAGCAUGUGCAUUCGAUUAUCUUGUGAUUGACUGCCGUUAUUUGAAGAAAAAUGUUUGUUUACAAAAAGUGGGCGCGGUUGUGCCAGAACGAGGCUGGGGAUUUCCGGGGUUUUCCAAAUCUGGUGAAUUUGGAAAAUGUCAUCCACUAGAUCUUUUGAAUAUUUUAGAUUAUUUAGUAGGUUGAAGCUGUUCCAACCAGUAUGUUUGAGAUGUCACAUUCACAGGAGAACACUCUCCCAAGACAGCAAUGCCAUAAUGACCAUCCAACAAGUGAGAGACAAUAUGAAGGAUAUACUUGGAGCACAGAAAUUCUACUCAAAGGAUCCGAGUGCACCAUCAAAACCUGCAAUAGAUGCCAGCACCAUAGAAUCCCAGAAUGCAUUGCCAAGCAGACGGAUAGCAGAUAGUGAAAAUGAGUCAUACAUAGAACUAAGCCAAGAUGAUGUGAGAGAGAAAUAUUUAACAUGGUUGAAAACUAUAAGAUUUGGUCGAAUUCUUGAAGAUCUGGAUACAUUUGCAGUAUGGACCAGCUUUAAACACAACAGUCAGCCAUGGAGAAAGAUCAGUUGUGUCACAGCUCUGGUGGAUAGAAUAGAGAUGAGGGGUGUGUUGCAGACAUUGAGGAAUGAUGGUGACAUAAAAAUGAAAGGUCGCGUUACAUGGGCUGGGACUUCAUCAAUGGAGGUCACUAUGAAUUUACAACAGGAGCACUCAACUAAUAACUGGGUAGAUUUCCUGGAGGCAAAGUUCUUAAUGGUGGCACGUGAUCCAGUCAGACAAAGAAAGGCAUUUGUUAACCCUUUGGUGCCUGAGGGAGAGGAAGAACAAAAACUGUAUGACCUUGGCGCAAAGUGCAAUGCAGCUAGACAUCAAACCAAAAUACAAGCACUGGACAAGACACCUCCCAAUGAAGAAGAAGUCAAAAUAGUCCAUGAUUUCUUCUUGCAGACUCUAGAUCCUGGGCAGACGACAUUCAAAGUACGGGUGCUGCCACCUAAUUCAACAUGGAUGGAGAAUGCCUUGUUGAAAAGUGUCAUAUUGUGUCAGCCAGAAGAGAGGAACCUCUAUAACAAGAUAUUUGGAGGUUUCCUCAUGAGAAAAGCUUAUGAAGUGGGUUGGAUGAAUGCUUAUACAUACAGUAAAAGUUUGCCACUGAUUACAACUGCAGUUGAUGACAUUUCAUUCCAAAGAUCAGUAGAACUGGGGUCCUUGCUGUUCCUCUCUUCUCAGGUAGUCUACACCAAUGGCCCUCACAUGCAGAUAAAGGUCAGGGCAGAAGUGUUUGAUCCUGUAAGUGGGACUAGAUUCACCACCAAUACUUUCCACUUCACCCUCUCAGCCACGAAUGGCCCUGUACCCAGCGUGGUACCAAAAACAUAUGCAGAGGCCAUGCUGUACUUAGAUGGAAAGAGGCACUAUGAAGCCAAACAAUAGAAGACCAUGCAAUGGGGGCCAAACAAGAGAGAUCCAGUUAAUGGAGGCCAAACAAUGUGGAGUCAUUUAAUAGAGGCCAAACAA